GAUAGCGGCUGCCAUGGAAGCCAAUGCCAACGUCAAUGCCCUUCAACGGCCGGACCGAAUUGCUUACCCAGCUCUGUUUGGCUUCAACAAUUAACACAAAUUUCUCAUGGGUUAUUAUUUCGUAGAGAUUUUUCACAACUCUAUUUGAGAAGAAGAAGAAAGUAUGGAAGAGAGACGCUGGGGAGAGAUGGGGAAUCAAAGAUGAAGAAUUGAGAGGGUUGCGCGAAGGUAAUUAUGUAAUUUUAUAUACUAUUUUUGGAUUAAAGGACGGCAUUUCUUGAUGAUGACUGCGCAUCCUCAUCCACAGUUGAGUGGUUGCUAAUUGCCAUGCAUCUUCGUCCCUGGAAAUAUCCUCUUGACUGUCUCUCAUCGACUUGCCUCCUACUUUAAGUUCUUCCUUUCUCCAUAAUUGGCUGCAUCAACUUCUCUCAUCAGAAUCAGAAAGAAUCAGUCUUGCAAUUGAUACUUCUAAUUGAAUCAGCUUUGUCAUCUCCGAAAAACCUCCUUUCUGCUAGCUGCAGGAAAUACAUCCUGCUAUUGCCUAUUUAAGUUGUUUCCUCUCCUUAGUUGGCUCGUCAACCCCUCGCAUCAGAAAUUGAACCUGCUGCUACUUCUAAUAAUUUGCUUUGCUCGGCCCAAGUUGGUUAUCAGUGUCCAACUUUACGCAUUUCGCCGGUUAAUCCUGCAUAUAAAUAAGGAAGAGAAGAUGAGAGCGGCAGAACUAAUGGAUAUAAUGGGAAGAAGGAAAUUUGUGCUAAUAUUAGAUGAUGUAUGGGACAAGUUCUCUCUUAAGGAUGUUGGAAUUCCAGAUCCGAAGGUGCAGAAUGGGUGCAAAGUGGUUGUCACUAGUAGAUCAAUCGAAGUAUGCAGUUAUUUGCGAUGUAAGAUUGUUAAAGUGAAACCUCUUUCAAGAGAGAAGUCUCUAAAGUUAUUCCUAGAUACUGUUGGGGAUGAUAUUUCGCGAGUUACAGGGUUGGAAGACAUUUUGAAGCUCAUUGUGGAAGAGUGUGCCGGUUUACCACUCGCCAUUGUUGUGAUAGCGGCAAGCAUGAGGGGAGUAGAUGAUGUUAAUGUGUGGAGAAAUGCACUAACUGAAUUACGAGAACGUGUAAAGAGUGUGAAUGGUUGGGAUGCUGAGAUAUUUCAACGGUUAAGAUUUAGUUUUGAUCAUUUGGAUAGUUUGGAAAUUCAAAAAUGUUUUCUGUAUUGCUCCUUGUUUCGAGAAGAUUAUGAGUUUUUUAGAAUGGAGUUGAUAGAAGGUUGGAUUGAUGAUGGAUUAAUUGAUAUUGAUGAUUUGGGAAGUAGACAAAAAGCAUAUGAUAGGGGUCAUGCCUUAUUAGACAAGCUUGUAAAGAAUUGUUUGAUUGAGAAAACUGCACAGUACAAAUCUCAUGAGGUUUUGAAGAUGCAUGAUGUAGUGAGAGACAUGGCUAUCAAAAUCAUCGGUCCUGAAUUUGGAUAUAUGGUAAAAGAAUUGAGAGGGGUAGCGAAUGAGCGAGGGUGGGCCGAAGAUUUCAGGAAGUUGUCUCUAAUGGCAAUUCACAUUUCAGAACUUCCUGUUGGUUUGUCAUUGAAGUGUCUGAAUCUUUCAACUUUGAUAUUAUCAGAUAAUCAUAUAUCGGAGAUUCCAAAAUCCCUUUUUGAAGAUAUGGGCACACUCAAGGUUCUUGAUCUUUCUCGAACUGAUAUUGAGACUUUACCUGAUUCCAUCUGUGACUUGGAGAAUCUCUCUGUGCUGCGGUUGAGGGGGUGCCAGAGGUUAAAGUGCCUGCCUUUCUUAGGGAAGCUUAGAGCACUGAAGAAGUUGGAUCUGCAAGGUGCAGGAAUAAAGGUGGUCCCUCAAGGCAUGGAGAUAUUGGAAAGUCUUGAAUAUCUUAAUUUAUUUUGUAGAGAUUUGAAAGACAUUCCAACAGGAAUAUUGCCUAAACUUUCUAGUCUACAGUACUUGGCACUGAAGAUAGAUGGAGAAUGUAUGGUGGUGCUUCCAGAUAACCUUGAGGAUUUGUGGAUUGAAUACAUGCAAAACAUGACAAGCAGGAGCUUAAACAAAAUAAUUUUGUUAGAAAAUGCAACCGAGUUGAGAAGGUGUGUUAUCCACCAAUGUGAAGGGAUAGAGUGUGUGGUUGAGUUGGACUCAUCAUCCUCCCCCUCAUUAUGUUGUCCGGUACUCGAUAAGGUUGAAUACCUGUGUAUUAAUGAUUUGCCCAACUUGUCUGUGCUUGUGAGAGUGGAAGGAGUACCAACACCACCACGCGUCUUUUCCAAUCUUAAAGAGCUUUCUAUAUACUGUUGCGACGAAAUGAGGAAGUUGCUUCCACUUGAGCUACUGCAAGCCCUUCAAAACUUAGAGGAGAUUAGAGUUUGGAAUUGCGCAGAAAUGGAGGAGAUAAUAGCAUCAUCAGAUUCAGAUGCAUCAUCUGAUAAAUUCACCUUCACUUUUCCUAAGUUAAGGAUGUUGGAGUUGGGUAACUUACCCAAAUUGAAGAGCAUCUGCAGUGCCAAAGGAGUGAUGAUUUAUGAUUCUAUUGAAGAAAUUGAUAUAUACAAAUGUCCGGAGUUAAAGAGGAACCCUUUUCAGCUUCCCCUGCUUGAUAAUGGCCAACUAUCUCCUCCUCCUCGUCUCACAGCAAUCAAGAUUCAUAAAAGCUCAAAAGGAUGGUGGGAAUCAGUGGAGUGGGAUCAUCCUAACGCGAAGAACCUUCUUCAACCUUACUUGAAAUAUUACAGUUGAUUGAGGUGCGAAGUGAAGAACUGCAAACAGCAAAUGGACUUGUUGACAAAUCGUAACUUUCCAGAGAUUAAAGUCACGCGCCACCU